CGACGGGUGAAUUUACGGUGAAUUUCACGUGAAAUUCGACAAACCGAUCGCCGUUUGACGACGAAACUUGGUAACUUAUAUAUUCACUCUGAUCAGUUGAACAGAGUUAUGAAAUAUUCAAUUCUCAGCAAACGAAUACUUCAUGAAUUUAACCAAAUUCGUAAUUUAAGUCAGAGCAAAAGACUUGUGUUAGGCAUUGAAUCAACAUUUGAUGAUUCUGCUGCUGCAGUUAUUGAUGAAGAUGGAAAAGUACUCGGAGAAAGCAUCAAAUCUCAAAUGCUAGAGCAUAAAAUCACAGGUGGUGUUCAUCCUGUUACUGCUAUGAAACUACAUGAGGUUAAUCUACCUCUGGUUGUUGAUGACGUCAUGGAUAAAGCUGGAAUCGACUUUCAGGAUUUGUCUGCUGUUGCCACGGCAACUCAGCCAGGAUCUGCUUUAUCAUUGCAAGCAGGGUUGAUAUUUUCCAAGCAUUUGGUGGCAAAACACAGGCUCCCGUUUAUACCAGUGCAUCAUAUGGAAGCCCAUGCACUCACAGUACGUUCAAUCGAGGAGGUAAACUUUCCGUUUCUUGUGUUACUGGCUUCUGGUGGACAUUGCCUGCUAUGCUUGGCACAACAUCUAGGAAAUUAUAAAAUUCUUGGUCAAAUACUGGAUGAACCGCCAGGUGCAGUAUUCGAUAAGGUCGCUCGUGAAAUUGUAAAGGAUUUACCGCCAGAAUAUUGUUCUACCACUAGUGGGGGACGAAUCAUUGAAGCUUUGGCGAAGAAAGGUGACAGUUUGAAGCAUCCAUUUUCAAUUCCAUUGACUGGGCAUACAAAAACUGUUCGAAGUAGAUCUUGCAAUUUCUCAUUCAGUGGGCUACAGUCGCAAGUUUUGCGAAAGAUUGCAAUAUUUAGAGAGAGGAAUGAACUUGAUAUUGCUGCAUGCCAAGAUGUAGCUGCAAGUUUUCAAAAAGCAGCAAUUCAACAUAUAACAAAUCAAUUGCACAGAGGAAUUAUAUUUUGUCAAAUAAGAAACCUACUACAGCCAUCACCUAUAUUGGUUUUAUCUGGAGGAGUUGCAGCAAAUAGUUGUUUGAGAGAAUCUGUCCUGAACAUUUGUAACAAAAUGAACACCAAGUUGAUAUGCCCACCAAUACAUCUUUGUACUGAUAAUGGAAUCAUGAUUGCAUGGGCAGGAAUGGAAUAUCUAAAGCAAGGCAUUGGAAUUUCUGAGGAUUCGGAAAAUGUUCGGUAUGAGCCAAGAUCUCCAUUAGGUGAUUAUAUUGGAGAUGAGAUUAUCAAGGAAAACAUAAAGUUGCCGAAAGUCAAAGUAAGUUGGAAACGUCACAUUUGAAUCACCUGCAAUCAGUUAGGAGAAAUCUGAUAAGCCAGCGGUUGCCAAACUUUUCGUUCCUGUGGCGCCAAAUGAUCAGGGAACAAAAAUCGAGCGCAUUUACUCGAAAAAUAUGCUGCUUUGUGAUGGUUAGUGUGUACGUCAUGCCUUUUAUUAAAGGUAAUAAACAUGUAGGCCUAAGCGAUUAAGGCAAAAGGUCCACUCUUCUUUCUCAUCUCUGCCUGAUUCUCCUUUGAAAUGCUUAGAAAUCACUCCCGGAUGUAAUCGAAGUCGAAGAGCUUUUUCAAGCAGAAGAUUAUACAGUUAAGCAGCAGCCAGUUUUGGAACAAACAAAUGGGUUUGCCAACUGAUAGAAACAAAAAGAUUGUAAAGGUUCUGUAAUUUAUAUUGUUUGGAAUUGAGAAUGCGUGACUUGUGAUCUGUUGUAUUAGUGAAUAUUAGUGAAAAUAAUUGAACAAUUACUGAUUAAAAAACAACAAACCUGGUUAAGAUAUAUUAAGUACUGACUUCAUAACAAAAUUGUAAAUGGACUUUACACUCUGUAUAAUUGCUUGCUUACAUAAGAACUAAAAAAGAAAUAUUGUAUUAAAAACUCCGAAUGGUUGCUGAUGUCCUAUGAAAAGACAUAAAUAGGGAUUUUAUCAUUUCUAUCCAACGGCAUGAAUUGUCAUAUUUAAGAGAAAUAAAACAAUUUGAUGGUGAUGAAUUCUUUCAAAAUGUCUUGCAUUCGGUUUUAUUGAAAAUAAGUUCAUCCUAAAUUGCCUCCGAAAUAAAUCGAAAGCAGUCUUGACUAUUUUUUAUUCUAGUUGUACAAUGAUAUUUUGGUACAGAAAUAAAAAAAAUUAUAAACUUGACUACUAUUCAUCUUUUAACAUGGAA